AUGCGAUGACUGCUGGCAGAUUUGCUUGGGGCUGAGGGCAAUAUGGGGCUUUUCCAGGUUCAGCUGAUCCAUGCUUUGGCCUGCAGACACUGUGGCAGCAGCACUUGCCUCCAGAGUCCAGGGAAUCUGGGUCAAAUUUUAAAGUAUCUGGCCUUCCUUGAUCACCUGUGGAAACAAAAAUCAGAGGAGGAAGAGGAAGAGGAAGAGGUAGAAAAGAAGGAAGAAGAGUCAUCAUUUCUGGAUCCACUGAAACCAUAUUCCUCUUCCAAAGAAGCUUCCAUUGGAAAGCAAGGCAUCAUAGCCCUACCGCAGCCACCCUGUGGUUCUGAGGACCUCUACAAGGCUACAAAGACUCCAGAGCAAAUAUUCACACAGCCCUCAAGCCCUUUCAGAUCCUUCCCUAGCUUCCAGAUCCUGACUAACCUACCUGUGAGGAAGAUAGCAUCAGGGAGCUGCCUGCAGCAGAGAAAAAGCCAGCUCUUCUGGGGUCUCCCUUCUCUACACAGUGAGUCCUUGGAGACUAUAUUCCUGAGCUCAAAUGGUCCUUCUCCACUAAAGUUGUCUGUUUGUCCUUCUGUCUUCUUUAACAAAGUUGCCUUUUUGCCUAGGUACAACCUUUUGUUUUCCUCUUAUCGUUCCUUAUCCCACUAUUUUACCCCAGAAGCCCAUAGUAUGGAUGGUCCGGAAGGAAUGGUCCCUGGUUCUGAGCUACUUCCCUCUCUAUCUUCCCCUCCUGUUCCAUCACUAUCCUUCCAUCUUAAGCCCUUGCCUAUGGACCACAAAGGAGCCUCAUCUGAUGCUGAGGCGCACACACAGUGGCCUUCACAGCACAGAGAUAGAGAUGUUCCUUUGGUCUCUGGAGAGCAAGUUCUGCACUCACAGCCUGAAGUCCAAAGAAUCAGAUCCUCCAAUCUCUUGUCCUCAUCUGAGGCCUGGAGGGGGACACCCCAGGACCCCAGCCUCCAUCAACACAAACCAGAGUCACCCUCCACCUCUCUGCUGUAUCCUUGUAGCCCUCUGGGAGUCCUAACCAGUUUUGAGGCCCCACAGAGGAUUAUGAGGCAAAAUGAGCACCCAAAAGCCUCUGAGUCAACAGUGCCAACUCCAAGCCCAACCCUAGCUUCCUUGUCAGAACUUCAGAAUGUCAACCCUACUGAAGACUUGUCUGGAUAUAAGGCUGUCUGGGAAACCACAGCACAAAAAGAAAACCCUCAGAUCUCUAGGUUAUCAACCUUGGCCCUUUGCCAACCCAUAUUACCCAUUACAGAACCUCAAGAAACUGGCCCUCCAGGAAUUCCAACUGAAUUUGAAGCUCAGUGGGGUGCCAUAGAUAAUAAAGACAGUCCCCAAAUUUCUGAGCCUCUAAUGCCAGCCUCAUGUCAACCUUCAGUUUCUCUGUCAGAAUUCCAAAAAGUUGUCCCCAAAGGACUUUCUGCACAUGAGGACUUAUGGAAAACUACAGGAUACAGAGAGGGCCCACAGGUUGCUAAGUUUCCAGUACCAGCCCCCUGCCUUCCUACAGACUCCCAGUCAGAACUCCAGAAAGAGAGUCCUCUAGAAGAUCUGUCUGGAUAUGAAUCUCCAUGUGAAUGCCAAGAAAACUCAGGAAACCUCUGGGCUUCUGAGACCCCAGCCUUAGACCUCAACACAGGGCUCUAUGAAACCAGCUCUGCAUGUGUAUCAUCAGGGUCUGAGACUCAAAGGAAGGGCAGGCAGAGAAGAGAAAACCUUUGGGUUUCAACAGACCAAGUUUCAUCUCCCAACCUUCCUUCAGAAUCUCUACCUGAGUCUGUGGUUACAGGGCUCCGGAGAGCCCUGUCAGAGCCUAAAACUUUGUGGGAGACCAAGAAUCAAAGAGAGGAUCUUUGGAUGCCUGACACCCUAGACCUUGUUCAUAGAACACCUUUUGUCCCCUUUAUAGAGCUACAAAGAAUCAAUACUAUGGAUGGCUUCCCUAUAUCAGAAGCUACACAGAAAGGUACUGGGCAUUCAAAGGAUCCUUGGGUUUCUGAUCCCCCAUCCUCGACCCUCAGUCCAUCCCUAGCUCCUGCACUACAGUCCUUCAGAUUUAGUCCUAUAGUGGGCCUAUUUAAUUCUAAAACUAGGUGUGAGAACUCCAGGGCCUCUGGGCUGCCAGCUGAGAGCAUACCUCAACACCUGUAUGGAGCCAGCCCCAUGGAAGUGCUAUCUGACUCUGAACCUGUUGGGGAGGUCAUGAAGCAGAAAGAAAACUGUUGUGUCCCUGUAUCCCCAGUUAGGGGCCCCAGCCCACCUCUAAACUCUGUUUCAAAGUCUCACAUAAGUGAGCCUACUGGAGACCAAUGCAACUGUAAGCCUAUAGAAGCAGUAGAGCAGAGAAAGGGCUCAUGGAUCACUGAGCUCUCAACCCUCAGCUCACUCUCUUUUCCUUCACAAGAACCACACUCUGAUCUUGAGUUUGUGAGUAGAAAGGUACAAGAAAGAAAGGGGCCCAUGGGCCCUAGUCCUCCACCUACCUGGUCUCUCUACCCAGCUAAAUUCCCAAUACAGCCUGGCCUACAGAAAGAGAUGCUGUCAGAGGCCAAGGUAGGAGCCUCAUCAUCUCAGAGCGAGGCUGUCUCAGAAGUGCUCACCCACCCUCAGAUCCAUGCCUGGCAAUGGAGUACAGAAUUAAAGCUGAAGCUCAAGAAACUGCAGCAGAGCCCUGCUUUCAAAUGCCCUGACCCAAAGCAAUCACAUUGCAGCUUACCUGCCCUGAAUUCCACAACCCCAGACUCCCAGGGACUCUCUUCCUGCUCCCCUCACAAUCACCCUCUCAGCCUAUAUCCCUACGCUUCAAGUAAUCAUUCCAAAACUCACAACACAGUACCUCAGCCUUUCCAGACCCUUCAUAACUCUCACUCUUCUUCUCAGCCUCAAGUAAGAGCUUCUGGCAGGGCCGAACAAGAGUCUCAGAAAAAGGAAAGAAUGAAAGGGAAGGUAGUGGCCCAUAUCCCAUUUCCAGGGCAGGUUUAUGUGGAAGCUGGUAAGAAAUGUUCAGGCCUGGGAGAGCUUUCAAACCCAGGGGUUCUGGCCUCAGGAAAAAGGCAAAACAAAACUUUAGUUAUCCAACCUUCAGCCCCCAAACGAGUGAGUCCCAGAAAACCCCAAGCAGGGAAAUGUGGAGGAGGGAAACAACUGCACUCACCCAAUGUCGCAGGGAACAGCCACCAUGCCCAGGCCUGGAAACUAGCAGAGGUUCCUGUAAGUUUUUCCAAAAGGUCUCACUACAGGGGUCAGAGUUGUCCACAAUCUGACCUUCCUCAGCAGUUUCUCCCCAAGGAUGUGGCUCCCCAAGAUGGGCAACAGGUAGGGCUGGUAGCUGGUCAUAUCCAGAAACCUCAUCAUUGUAAACACUGUCCUUGGACCCACAUGGAAAAGCAUCUCCCAUUGCCCAAACCUCAGGCUCCCUUUACCAGACGUUUCCAAAGGGUAUUGGCCAAAUUUCUAGGUACCCAUGGGUCUCUGCCCAUCAAAUCUAGUGGUAGUACCGGCACCCAAUACCCUACAAUCUGA